AUGACGCGACGCAUUGUUCGCAAUUUAAUACAACUGACUGCAGCGGCAGUCUUCACCGUACUGGUGGUGCUCUUCCUCGACCGAAGCUACAGAGUCCUGCCGACAUCGCUACACAACUACCUACCGACGCACCAUCCCGGCCAUGUCGUCACCGACGUGACGCUGGUGACAUGCUCGACUGUCAACCCGCUCUCGAAAUGCGAUCUCAACCCCAACAAGUGGCAUCGCAUAGAUAAGGAGCUCUUUCUCGGCCAGGCUUGGAUGACAAACGCGUACCUUUUCGUCAGUCGAAAGCACGAGGAGGAGCUGACGGAAGGCGACGUCGUCGUCGUGGAUUUAAAGGUUGGCCCCAUGAAGCCCGUGGACGAAAAGCCCGACUCGCAUGCGGUCUGGGAGUCGCGGCCCGGUGGCAUUUGGGUGAAGCGCUCUUCGCAGAAAGUGGCGAGUGAUUCGAAAGAGGCCAUCACAAACGUCGACGUUCUCUUCGGCGACGAUGCCGUCGAGGCCCGCGACGGCUGGGCAAUCCGGGGUACACCCCUUCAAAUUGACUCGAGCGGCACAUUCCACUCGGCGCACGUUACCGUUCGUCGCGGCGCGCCCAUCGAGCAAAAGAAGCCCAAGCCACGCAUCCCCGACAGUGGCAAGUUCAAGAUUCUGCAGAUUGCCGAUCUCCACCUAAGCACCGGCGUCGGCCUGUGCCGUGACGUCUACCCCGAACUUGCCAAGGGCGAAAAAUGCGAAGCAGACCCGAGGACGUUGGAAUUUGUCGACAAGAUGAUUGACGAGGAAAAACCCGACUUUGUGGUACUCAGCGGUGAUCAGGUAAACGGCGAAACCGCGCGCGAUCCGCAAUCUGCCAUUUUCAAGAUUGCUCUUAAGCUCAAGGAGCGCAAACUUCCCUACGCCGCCAUUUUCGGCAACCAUGACGACGCGCAGGCCAUGAGCCGCGAGGCGCAAAUGGCCAUAAUGGAAUCCCUGCCCUACUCGCUGGCCACGGCCGGCCCGGCCGAGAUUGACGGCGUCGGCAACUACUACGUCGAGGUGCUCGGCCGCGGUGGCUCCGACCACUCCGCCAUUACCAUUUACUUUUUUGACACGCACUCGUACUCGCCCAACGAGAAAAAGUACCCUGGCUACGACUGGGUCAAGCCCAGUCAGAUUGAGUGGUUCAACAAGACGGCCGACCGCCUCGUCAAGCCGCACGCCGAGUACAGCCACCAGCACAUGGAUAUUGCUUUUAUCCACAUCCCCAUUACCGAGUACUCCGACUACAACCAGACAUGGGUCGGCAGCUGGCGCGAGGGUGUCACCGCCCCGGUUUUUAACCCGGGAUUCCGCGAUGCUCUCGUCGACAAGGGCAUACUCAUGGUCAGCGCCGGACACGACCACGUCAACGACUACUGCAUCCUCUCCACCAAGGGCGAGCGCCGCGACCCAGCCAUGUGGAUGUGCUACGCCGGCGGCGUCGGCUUUGGCGGCUACGCGGGCUACGGCGGCUACCUCCGUCGCGUCCGCCUCUACGAGGUCGAUGUCAACGCCGCCCGCAUCCUCACCUGGAAGCGCGUCGAGGCCGGGCCCAAUGUCACCGAGCGUAUCGACCAGCAAAUCAUUGUCGACGGCGGCAAGGCGUACCCGGCGCCGUUGCCCCCGGCGCCUCCGCCGCCCGUGGCGAGUGAGCGGCCGGUCGACGUAGGAAGCUCCUGA